AUGAAUACUUCGACAGCUAAUAAUACAAAUGGUGGUAUAAAAGGAUCAUUAACCAUUCAUGUUGUUGAUGCACAAACAAGUGCUGAAAAUGGACGAAAAUUUACAAAAUACAAAGUAUCUGUUAAUUAUAAUGGACAAGAAUGGGACAUUUGGAGACGUUAUAAAGAAUUUCAUACAUUAAAUGAUAAACUUCGUCGUGUUCGUUCUGAUUUAAAAUUACCCGGACGACGUUUAUUAGGUGAUUCAUUUGAACCUGAUUUCGUAUUAAAACGUCAACGUGGUUUAAAUGAUUAUGUACAACAAAUUUCUACUAAUCCACAAAUAGUUAAUUUACCUGAAUUCAUUGAAUUUUUUGGUAUUAAUACAAUAACAUCAAGUUCAUCAUCGACAGCUGCUGCUGCUGUAGCAAGUGCAGUACAAACACCUAAUAAUAAACCAACGAUUAAUUUAACGAAAAUUAAUAGUGUUGAUACCGAAGAUCCAUCGACACCAACUGAAUCAAUUCGUGUCAAUCUGGGAAAAACAGAAAAAGCUACAGUUCAACCUGAUGAUUUCGAAUUUAAAACAUGUAUCGGAAAAGGUUCAUUUGGAAAAGUAUAUUUAGCACGACAUAAAGGUGAAGAUAUGAUCUAUGCUGUUAAAGUUGUUAGUAAAGCAUUAAUCAAACGUAAACGAGAAGAACGUCAUAUAAUGGCUGAACGUGAUGUACUCGUUAAAAAUACACGUCAUCCAUUUCUUGUUUCACUUCAAUAUUCAUUUCAAACACCGGAUAAACUUUAUUUUGUCAUGGAUUUUGUAAAUGGUGGUGAAUUAUUUUUUCAUUUACAACAAGAACGAGCAUUUACUGAACAACGUGCACGAUUUUAUGCAGCAGAAAUAACAUCAGCUAUCGGUUAUCUUCAUAAACUUGAUAUUAUCUAUCGAGAUUUAAAACCAGAAAACAUUUUACUUGAUCGAGAAGGACAUAUUCGUUUAACUGAUUUUGGUCUAUGCAAAGUAAUGUUAUCAACAGAAGGACGUGAAGGACGAACAGCAACAUUUUGUGGAACACCAGAAUACCUCGCACCUGAAGUAUUACGACGUGAAGCAUAUACAAAAGCAGUUGAUUGGUGGUGUUUAGGUUCCGUUACAUAUGAAAUGUUAUGCGCUCGACCACCAUUCUAUUCACGAGAUGUUAAUGAAAUGUAUGAUAAUAUUUUAAAUCGACCACUCCGUUUUAUUGGAAAUGUAUCUGAACGUGCUCGCAAUUUAAUUGAACAGUUAUUACGAAAAGUACCCGGUGAACGUUUAGGUAGUGGAGCAGAAGAUGUAGCUGAUAUAAAACGUCAACCAUUUUUUGAUCAAAUCGAUUGGGAAAAAUUAGAAGCAAGAAAAAUUGCACCACCAUGGAAACCAUCUGUUAGUGGUCCAACUGAUCUUGGUCAAGUUGAUAAAGUAUUUACACAAGAAACAAUAUCUCCAAGUGUUCAAGAACACUAUUUAGGAAGUGUUACAAAUAAAGAUCCAUUAUUUAAUGGUUUUACAUAUGUUCAUGAAGCACAUUUGAAUGGUUAG